AGUAUUAAUGCGUGGGAUAUGGAAAAAAGCUGAGACCUUUGAAGUCGGAUUUGAGAGUGCAUGAUUCUGGUCGGCUCUUUCGAUGGAGAAGAUCCGAGAUGAGCUUUUUUUCAGAAAUGUGAGCUGAAUUUGUAUCUGGGUUUGGCCAAAGAGCUCUACUCAGAUUCUAGAAGGGCAGAAGAAGAGGAAGAUAGAUGUGCGUGUAAAGCUUUCCGGAGACGAAAAAACUCGCUUUUCUUUAGAGGAAACAAUCACGCAGUUUCCUUUUGCCCCGUAUCAUAUUGGAGCAAAAGCUGUAGAGCAAUUUCUUUUUCUCCCUCCCUUCAGAGAUUGUCGGUCUUGGUGUACUCUCCUCUAGUAGACGCAAUAUGCAGUGAAAAGAACACCUUGUUUCUAAGGAGAAGUAGAAUGGAAAAGGGUAAUCAGCGAAGAUGUUGGAAACUCUAGAAGCUUCCCUUUGGACCCCAUCCAUCAGUUUGUUGUAUUUUAGUAUGUAAAUUAGGCGCUUAGGCCAUUAUUUGCUAAUAUUCGUUCAUCGAAGAUACCAGCAUCAAGAUUUUCUAUUCGUAGACUCAGGAUCAUUCCAGGGUGCAGGUUGAUGGUACACUGUAACAAGAGUUCCCUUUUUUUUCCCCAAAUAGUCUGAACGUUGAUCUUCAUUGAGACCUAUAGUUUAGGUCCAUUGAAGUUUUGAUCCGUGGUUGCGAUAGUUCAAAAUGGCAGAAAACGAAGAACAAACACGAUCAUUGGCCUUGACUCCAACAUGGUCCGUUGCUACUGUGUUGAUGAUCUUUGUCGUUGUUUCUUUACUUGUGGAGCGCUCCAUUCACCGGUUAAGCAAUUGGCUACGGAAGACUAAUCGGAAACCAUUGCUUGCAGCUUUGGAGAAGAUGAAAGAAGAGUUGAUGCUUCUUGGAUUUAUAUCACUUCUAUUAACAGCUACCUCAAGCAUAAUCGCUAAUAUAUGCAUUCCAUCAAAGGUCUACAAUAGUGCCUUUGCUCCAUGUACUAGAUCUGAGAUUGAUGAAGAAAUCGAAAAUAAUGGCUCCCAAGAACGUAAAUUAUUGAUGUCUUCUAGUAACUCACACUUACUUAGGCGGAUAUUGAAUGGUGUCAAUCGGAACUCCUGCAAAGAGGGUUACGAACCAUUUGUUUCAUAUGAAGGUCUAGAGCAGUUGCACAGAUUCAUUUUUGUCAUGGCAGUAACACACGUAUCUUACAGUUGCCUAACAAUGUUGUUGGCAAUCGUAAAGAUUCACAGUUGGAGGGUGUGGGAAGAUGUGGCUCAUGUUGAUCGGCAUAAUGUCUUAGCUGAAGUCACAAGAGAGAAGACACUGCAAAGGCAAUCAACCUUUGUCAAAGUUCAUACAUCAAAUCCAUUGGCCAGAAACAAUAUUCUUGUCUGGGUGACAUGUUUUUUCCGACAAUUUGGGCAUUCUGUUGUUCGUGCUGACUAUCUUACUCUCCGCAAAGGCUUCAUCAUGAAUCACAAUCUCUCAUUCAAGUAUGAUUUUCACAGCUAUAUGAUUCGAUCAAUGGAAGAGGAAUUCCAAAAAAUUGUUGGCGUGAGCGGCCCACUCUGGGGGUUUGUUGUUGCUUUCAUGCUUUUCAACAUUAAAGGAUCUAAUCUCUAUUUCUGGAUAGCUAUCAUUCCUAUUACUCUGGUUCUUUUGGUGGGAACAAAGCUCCAGCAUGUCAUUGCAACCUUGGCACUGGAGAACUCAGGAAUUACUGGUUUUUUACCCGGAACUGAGUUGAGGCCUCGUGAUGAACUUUUCUGGUUUAACAAACCUGAACUUUUGCUGUCCUUGAUCCACUUUAUUCUCUUCCAGAAUGCAUUUGAAUUGGCUUCGUUCUUUUGGUUCUGGUGGCAAUUUGGGUACAAUUCCUGCUUUAUUAGGAAUCAUCUCCUUGUGUAUUUAAGGCUAAUAUUGGGGUUUGCGGGACAAUUCCUCUGCAGUUAUAGCACCUUGCCUCUUUACGCACUAGUAACCCAGAUGGGAACAAACUAUAAGGCUGCCCUGAUUCCACAUAGGAUAAGGGAGACAAUUCAUGGAUGGGGGAAGGCAGCUAGGAAGAAGAGAAGACACGGUAUGUUCACUGAUGAUUCCACCAUACGUACUGAUGCGAGCACAGUGUUGUCUGUCGAGGAAGAUGAUCGCUUAAUGGAUGUCCCUGACACUGCCACUGGUACCGAAAUAGGAAUGCAGCCAGUAACUGCUUCUGCUGCUUCCCCAUCGCCCAUUGCAAAUGAAACUUCGAGUAGGGCUGCCACCCCACUCCUUCGCCCCUCUGCUUCAGUUUCUUCAGCAGUAAGGUUCAAUUUCAGUGCAGAAACAAUCACAAGAUCCUCUUCUAUGCCAAGUAGCAGAGAAAUAAAAAUGAAAGAAAACUCCUUGAAUGAAGAAAAGGAAACUAGUUAGAUGUUGCUGGGACUGUGGCUUUUUUAAGAUUCUCAGAAGAUACAAGGGGGCUGCUUAUUUUCCCGUUUGAUUAUAUCUCUCAUCUUUACUUGCCAUAAAGUGCCAAGAAAAAGGAGAAAGAAUGCAAUCUCAAUUUAACGGCGGAAGUUGCUCAAAGGUGUUUCUGAUUGUAACCUAAAAGAAAAAUAGAAUAUACCCACACAAAAAAAAAGUUUAUAUAGUUGGAAAUGCUCUGUAGUGUGUUAUUAUUAAAAGUUUUUCAUAUGUAAUACUGCAUCAGUAAACCUCUCAAAACAAGACUAAAAUAACCAUGUAUAACUAUGAAUUCCCUUUCAAAGAAGUCAUUACGUGGAAUUAUAUUUUAA